AUGCACAAGCUCCGGGCAUGUACAUGCCUGGAAGAAGUAUCGAGUUUUCGUGAGGAAUAUUAUGAAGACCUUGAACCAGAACAACAUGCUUUGGUAUUUGCAAGGUCAUCCUACUUUUUGAGUUUGCAGGACUUGGAAGAUGGGAUUACCGAUGAUGAUUUAGUGGAUGUGUUCGUCGAGAACCAACAGCCCCCUCUCCCCCUAGCAACGCAGCACCAGCAAGGUCUUCCACAUGACGCAGCUACUCCAUGGCAACCAAAUUUUGAUGACGGCAUUUCCGAUGACCAUUUAAUGGAGAUGGACAUCAAUACAAAUAAGCCAUGUGACGCAACAUCAGUACCUGGCCCCUCUAACCGCCAACCAGCAGCAACAGCAGUGGCUGGACCCUCCCGCCAUCCAGCAUCAGCAGUGGCCGGACCCUCCCGACAACCACCAGCAGUGGCUGGACCUUCCCGUCAACCAAGAGCAGUGGCCGGACCCUCCCGACAACCACCAUCAGUAGCCGGACCCUCCCACAGUCAACCAAGAGCAGCAGCAGUAGCCGGACCCUCGUCUUUUCAUGUUGGGGGAUCUAAGAAACGUGUUGUAGAUGCACCGCCUGCAAGAGAACCCAAUCUCCCUACUCAUCACGUGACCAAAGUGAGUCAAAAACAUGUACGCAAAUACAAUGCUAAUGUAACUGAUUACACCGUUUCUUUCCAACCCAUAGAAAAUAACGGUCCCAUGAUAGAAAUGAUGCCACGCGUAAAUGAGAUGUUUGAAAAUAUCAUUGAAGAGAUGGUUGAGGGGGUAAAUGAUAGAGAUUUUGUUAGGAUUGUUUUCAAUUCCCCACAAUUAGAUAGACCCGUUAGUAUGCCAUUUGUAAGGAGGGAUCAAAUGAAUCACGAAGCAUUUGCAACCAAACUUGAGAAUACUAUUCAAUCGAAUGAUAAGGUAAGCUUGGACGAAACAGUCUCUUUCAACAUAUUACACAUGGCUAUGCCAAAUGGUGGUGGUUCCAAUGUGAAGUGCUUAACCAUCGAAGAGACAUUGUCCAGAAAAAGAUGCAUCAUCAGGAUGAAGAAUAAAGAUAACAUGUGUUGUCCAAGGGCUAUCGUAACUGGCAUUGCCCGGAUUGAAAAACACCCUAAUUUUGAGUCGAUCAAACGUGGUUACAAACAGCAAAGGGAAUAUGCCAUUGAGCUGUAUAAACAGGCCAAACUUCCAGAAAAUACCAAAUGUGGCAUCGAAGAGAUUAAACUCUUCGAAAAGACGGAAUUCAUGGCCGGUUUCAGGGUGGUGGUUGUUUCAAAAGAGCACUUAAACUUCAUUACGUAUGCUGGCCCCGAAGACAGGCAGCAUACCAUUUAUCUGUAUGUUCAUGACAAUCACUUUGAUCUCAUUACAUCAAUGGCCGCCUUCUACAACAAGUCAUAUUUUUGCCACGAGUGUUUGGUAGGAUACGACAAGAAACUCAGACACGACUGCAUUUUCCGCUGCAAACUUUGCAAGGGAGAUGACUGCCCCGCCUCCAAUGACCCCGAUUCCUACAAAUUGUGCAAAAAAUGUAACCGUAACUUUAAGAAUGCUCAUUGUUUGUCAAAUCACAAGCAACAUGGCGUAUGUGACCUGUACUUCAAAUGCCCCGAGUGUCAGAUUCUUUGUAACAGAGAGACGCUUAGAAAGCAUAAAGCCAAGCACAUUUGCGGCCAAACUUUCUGUCGAUUAUGCAAAAAGUAUGUUAAUCCAGGUCACAAAUGCUACAUUCAAAAAGAACCACAACGGGAAGAAAAGGAUGACUCUUCCGAUGAGGAGGAGGAUGAGGUUAGGCGCACAUUGACAAAUGAGGAGAUGGAGGAGUUAGGGCUUAAUAACGCAACGGAGAGAGUUAUGGUUGAUGAUGAUGAUGAUGAUGUUACUGACCCUGGUAGGAAAACCGCUGGUCUAAGAAAUCUCAAUAAAUACGUCUUUUUUGACUUUGAGUGCACCCAAGAAACGGGUCUGCAUGUUCCUAACUAUUGCGUGGCCCAUAGGGCAUGUAAGCAUUGUGCUGAAAAGCCAUUUGAAGAAGAGUGCAAACGCUGUGGGAAGUUAGAGGACAAGCAAAAGGUUUUCAAAGGUCCUAAUACCGGGGAUGAAUUCUGCGAGUGGGUAUUUGGAUCCAAAGAGAAUUCACGCUCUGUUUUCAUUGCUCACAAUUUCAAGGGGUAUGAUGGUGUUUUUAUCCAAGAUUAUCUCUAUCGGAAUUGCAUCAUCCCCAACCUCAUACUUGCUGGAGGGAAAAUCAUGAGCAUGGAUGUUUCAUUCAAUCAGAUCAAAUUCAUUGAUUCUUUGAACUUUUUUGCCAUGCCCCUUUCUGCUCUUCCCGCUACAUUUGGAGUGGAGGAAUUGAAGAAGGGUUUUUUUCCGCAUCUCUUCAAUACGACAGCCAACACUCAUUAUCAGGGGCCCGUACCAGAUGCCAAGUACUAUCAUCCAUCUGGCAUGUCGCCAAAAAAGAGGGAAGAAUUCCUUGAAUGGUAUGAGAAGGAGGUUGCAUCUGGAAAAGAUUUUGUAAUGGAGGAUGAAAUACAUGCCUAUUGUGUGAGCGAUGUUGACAUAUUGAGGCAAUGUUGCUUGAAAUUCCGGAGCAUGUUUCGAGAGAUCACCAAACUCAACCCAGAGGAUACGGGUGUUGACCCAUUCUCGAAAUGCAUCACCAUCGCUUCUGCGUGCCAUUUGGUGUAUCGGAGAAAUUUCUUAAAUGAAAACUCCAUCGGUGUCAUUCCUCCUCUUGGUUACGCACCAAAAGACAUGCAGUCUAACAAGGCAUUGAGAUGGUUGGCGCAUGUCGCGGAACAAGAGAAUAUCUACAUUCAGCACGCGAGAAAUGAAGGUGAAGUGAAAGUGGGUAGAUAUUACAUGGACGGUUAUUGCCUAGAAAACAAGACCGUGUACGAAUUCAACGGUUGUUUCUGGCACGGCUGUCAAAAAUGCUACUCAUUCAACACAGACAGUGGUCGACCUGGAGUGAAGAAAACGAUGGGGGAGCUAUACCUCGACACGCUCGAGAAAGAAAGGUGCGUACAAAACAUACUUAAAGAUUGGAAGUACGUUACGAUGUGGGAGUGCGACUGGAAAAAAGAAGAAAAUUCCAUCCCUCAACAUAUCAAGCAAAGGUCUACGAUUCGCGAAAAGUGUCCACUCGCCGAAACUUGUUUACUUUCGUGA